CAGAACUGUCUUCUUUUUUUGCCCUCUCUCUUUAUCAUUUACUCUCUCUACAACUGUUUCCUCUUGAUAAUUCUUCAACGUUGCACCUGCUCCAAUACCUUGGCAACUCUGGACCGUCGCUGUCACGAGCCCGCCGCUUCAAUUUACCCUUCCUUUUGCAAGUGAUCCACCUCUUGUCUAUCCUUCAUAAAAAAAAUUAGGUUCCUUAUUCUAAAUGCCCCCACCCAAAUUACAUGUUCAGCAGAUUCGCCUCGAUAGUGUCAUCAAAAAGGUCCCUGCAAAACAAAGAAACGGCCAAAUCUUUGUUCUUUUACAAGACGUCCAAGAUGUCUUUGAAAACGCCAGACGUCUAGAGUACGAAGGUGUUAGUGUGCCAUUUAUGACUGAUGAGAAUGAUGUUAGGAUCAAGCCAUAUCGCAUCGAGUUCUAUGAAGACUGCAUCCUUGAUGUCAUAAUCGGUCCUGCACCGGAAAGCGGGUUGGUAAUUAACACAAGUGAUCCCAUCACUAUCCCUUCACCUCAGUCCACAGCUCCAACUACCCCUGCUUCCUCCUUCUCUGGGAGCUUUCCUUCGCCUCGCUCGCUCUCACCUGCUUCUGUAGCGCCACUAUCCAUUGUCCGGCCAUCUUUGGCAGGGACCUUAUCUGCCGUGCCUGAAACCAAAGACGAGACCAUGCAAUCAAGCAACUUCGGUUUUCAAGCUAUUUCGCCUGAGAUGCGUGCACGGACGGCGUCAGUUACAUCCUUCUCCACUACCUUUACUGCUCAUGAAGAGAGUUCACCUCUACAACCAGCAUUGUCUCUUGAUGCUACUACGAGGGCAAGGUCAGCCUCACAGCAGUUCAUGAAUGGAGACCUGUUCUCGCCGGAAACGCGCCCUCAAAGUGAACCCCAAGACAUGUCGCCGACUAGUCCGCUUAAUCGUGCUAUGAACACCGUUCAUACAAUUCCAGUUUAUAUACCACCAGAGGUUGUCUUGGAGGACGGGGAUGGAGGGCAGAGGCCUCUCUUAGACCCUCAGCAGCAACAACAACCUCAAUUUGAAGAUACGAACUCGCAAUUCUCGCAUCAGCAGCAGCAACAGGCCACACUGUACAGCAAUACCGUUGACUAUCAGCCAAAAACAGCUUUUAAUCGACCACCUCCGCCAGUGCCUGACCUGAAUGAUGGUACACACCAAAACCGUCUCCAACAACAGCAAUACCCACAACAAUACUCUCAGCAAAGUUCACAACCAUAUCAACCUUCUUACCAUUCGCAGUAUCAGCCACUCUAUCACCUUCCAUUCGAACAAUAUGACCAACAACAGCAAAAACAAGACCAACAGCCAGCCACUGUACUAGAUUCUCGUCCACCUAUUCAGACAAGACCACAAACCAUGGCAGAACCGCCUUCCGACCCUACCCGCCUAUUCCAACGCUUAACAAUCGGACAUGCGCCUCAGACCUUGGAUCCAGAAGGAAGGGCGAUCCUGGCCUCGUCCCCAACAGCAACAUCUUUUACCGCUUUUCCACAGUCCAUUGAUUCACAGACAUCCCCCCAGAAUAUCCCCAUUCAAAUUGAGAAAAGUUAUAAUAUCAGUGCCACUCAUACAAAUCUAGAUAUUGAUUCUACUCCAGAAACACGGAGCUGGCAACAAGAAAAUGAUUCAAAAGUCAAAGAUCUUGAAAUGAAGCUUAAGCGGGCGCAAGACCAAACGCUAGCUUAUGCGAGGAAGAACCGUGAUUUGGCUAGGGAAUCAGCUCAGAUGUCGAUCAAGAUCAUGAACAAAGCAACUACUAUCCAAAAUAAAGUUCAGGCGGUCUUGACGCUGAAUCAUGAGCUUCACGAGAAUCCCGUCCCGCGACUAUUCAUUGUUUUGCCAGUGUUGAUGUUGGAGUCGACUCAAUCACCAGGAGGCCAACUUCCCAAUAUGAAACCAUCGGUAGCGCCACCAACCAGUGGUCAGAGGAAAUUCCGCCUUCAUUUUCUGUGCGAAUGCGGACAGUUCACAAGACCACUACGGUCAUCAGGCCUAAAUCAUAUUCACUUUGUGGAGCAUGAGGGAUACGAAAUAGAGCGUCCAGUUGAGUUCUUUGAGAAGUAUGGACCAUUCAUUCGCAGCCUCUCACAUCUGAUUAGGAAGGGUGUCAACUGCGGAACAGUUUCUAUUCCCCCCUUACUUGGAGCUACAGAUCAACAACAGCAGCAGCAAAAACAAUUCCAGCAGCCAACAGACCCAAACAGUAUAUAUCGUGCAUAUGCAGUUGGGCAGGAAAUGUUGAAAAACCAGAUCCUGGAUACAAGGUUAGAGGAGGCGAUUGAAUACUUAGAUUCUAUUGACAUGCAGGACGAUGGCUUGAGUCAAGAUUCAGUUAAAUACUUUGAUGGAGCCGACAUUCGUCAACUUCAAGCAUAUGUCAAAAUCACAUCUAAUGAAGCAGCAUGCCCAGCCAACCUUUACAAAAUUGUCACUAGUCAUGGGCAUGCCAAGUGGAUCUGCGAAGAACACUACCGAUCGACGAUUCGCUAUGCAGAUGAAAUUUCUUUUCAAAAGGAUAUCUCUGCGAUGGGUGGACAAUAUAAUAUUCGGACAGGACAGGCAAGGAUUCAGUUGACAUCUACUCAGGAUGCAAACCAAUUCUACAAAGCCAUGAGCAAAGUCAGCAACCUUCAUGAGCUUGAUAUAGUUUUCAAGUGGCAGUUUAAAGAAAGCGACCUCCAAACCCUUGCUCAUGUUAUCAAUGAGUCCAAUAUUCGGGCCCUAGCUCUUGAUGGGGGUCGUCAUAAAACCAAUUCACCAACAAAGAAAGCCAUGAACUUUGGCAAGAAAUAUGACCCUUUGCUUCAAGUGAUCUUUGGCUCUAAGAUUGGUUCUCUCAAAUUGAUUAAUAUGCCUUCGCUAAUGAACAAGAUUUCUGCCAAGCAACCGUAUCAGGGCCUAUCGGCAACAGUGAACAGGACUAAGGCAUUGCAUCUGGAAAACGUGGGUGUACUAGAUUUCGCGGGCUCGGAAGAAAAAGCUAGCCAUUCUCUGGGCAUGAAUCUCAAUCUCAACAACAGUGUCUCACGCAAUCCCGCCCUGUCAUUUCUGAAAGUCUUGUUGACAAGUUUUCAGAGCCUUUCAGAGAUCAGCCUUCCUGGAAUGAACAUCCGAGAUGAGGGCGUCGCGCUUCUGACAGAACAGAUCUCUCUUCAGAAGACUUUGCGACGACUUAACCUUCAUAAUAAUGCUAUCUCGCCACUUGGAGGACGCUCCUUAGGGGCAUUGUUAUCGCACGAGAAAGCUCUAACGGCGCUGGAUUUGGGCAUGAACCCAAUAGGGGAUGAGGCAUUGGCAUUGAUCAUUGGGGCGCUAGGUCCCAAGUUGGCGAUCCUGAAUCUGGAAAGCACUGGGUUCCGUGAAAGUGCAGCUAAGGCAUUAGAGAAAAUGAUAGGGAUAUACAAUACUCCAUCGAGCUUAGAGCCCCAAUUGGAAUACCUUAACCUCGCCAAUAAUGCCUGGACAACCAGCAGCAUUCAGGCUCUAGGACGCAUUAUCAUGCGGUUGAGACUUGAAAUUCCAUUGCCUCCCUCACCAUCUAUCACAGCUCCCAUAUCUAAAAAGCACGACAAGCCUACACAUUUAGAAAUGGGGCCCUCGGAAAGCUUCCUGGUAAUCAAUUCGAUGAUCAGGACCGCCCACAUGACGCUGCCCUCAGAUAGGCCGUGGUAUGAGCAACCAGACAUCCCCAGUUCGCACCAUGCUCUUACAGCAACCAAGGACUCCUACAGCCUGUCGGCAAUGAAGGCUCAAGACUCCAUCAGUGUGAACUCAAAACUCAAGGCACUCCGACUCUUGGAUGCUGGUCUUUCCGAGGGCGCAGCGCGUUACUUAAUUAGCUUACUGGAUGUUAACGUCCUAACUAAGCUUGAUCUGAGAAGGUGCAUCCGUCUAUUCAAGCCACGUGAGAUACUCUCAAUCCUCGCUCGUGUCUUCCCAAACUCUCCAUAUCUCCAAGAAAAUGACUCUCUGCAGCUGCAACAACAGCAGAGGCAAGCUAUUCCGCAAGCCCCGGCGCCUUAUGGCAUCGCAGGUGCCCCACAAAACUGUCUACGGCUUAUUCACUUGAAUCAGACAGAUGUAGACGACCAUGCAGCACGCAUCAUAGCCCAGGAUUUUGAAUCUGGUUUCUGUUGUAUAGAACGACUGGAUAUUGGAAGCAACCGCCUUACUCAUCAAGGAAUCACGCAUAUCUUAAAUGCACUAUGCAACAAUACAUCACUACAGCAUCUAAACCUCGGGCAGAACUUUAAUGCUCUCAAUUCAGUGUACCCAUCUGCAGCUUCUGCGCAAGCGCUUGCAACACGCGAAGCCUUCCAAAGAUUUAUGGCGGCCAACAAAACGCUUCAAGUCCUGUACUUUAUUUGUAUUGACAUUGAUGUGGUCGCUAAAGGGCUUGGCUCUAAUUCUACAAUCCGCUCAUUAGUAUUUGACCGAUUAGAGGGUACACUCAGUGACAUAGAAGCCUUCGGGCGGGCACUUGCUAAGAAUGAGUCGCUGAUGCGCUUCAAGGUCUACGAUAGUCGCCAGGACCCAUUUUUCCAAGCAUUUUAUGGAAAUAGCCAGCAGCCGCAACAGGCGUACAGUCAUCAACACCAACCAUCCUCGAAUCAUAUCAUGCAGCAGUACAUGAAGCAAUUCAACAGCUAUAAUAGCCGAGCACAACAAGUUCAAUAUGUCGAUCUGUUCAAAGAUUUCAAACAGGAAGCAAUCAGGACGAUCGAGAAGGCUAUUGCCUUUAACCAGACUCUUAUUGAAUUCCAAUGGCCUGAGGUGUUUGAUCGAUCGCAGCCUUGCACCGAGCGCUUGGAAGGCAUAUUGACCCGCAACAUGUCUUUGCUCAAGAAUGGUAUGAGUGCUGGCCACAAUAAUAACAGCAGUUCAGCUCAGGAGGGCAUUUUAGAAAGACAGACUGCUAGAGGCAACAAUAACAACAGGAUCAGCCGCACGCCUUCAGUCCUCUCCACGUCCUCAACGCUCUCUAGCAGCUCUAAUGCCUCCUCCAAUUCUUCGUUAAUAUCAUUAUCAUCUCAUGUAAAGGAUCAUUCACAGAGUGCCAACCGUAACCAGAGUGGAUAUGGUGGAUUUUUAACAACUUAUGGGGCACCAAGCGAUCCUUACGCAUAUAGUAUCCACAGUAGUAGCACUACAAGCCUCAAUAUCAACCAUGGAUCCAAUGGGAAUUCUGGCAAUAGUAGUGGCAGCUCAAUCAGAAGUGGGGGCGGGGGGAGCACCCUUGGAGGUUGGGACGAACGUAAGCUGUCAAUGCUAGAAGUAUCACCAUGGACUUUGAAUCAAUUCCGCAAUGCCCCAACGCGAGAGCAGCAGCAACAACAGCAACAGCAGCAACAGCAGCAACAGCAGCAACAGCAGCAACAGCAGCAACAGCAACGGACAAGUCGCGUGGAGGUCGCUGAGUCACAUAUAAUGCAGCGAUUUAAGAAAUGAUGAAUGUGAUACCCAUGUCAAUAAAAAAG